AUGAAGUUCUCAAUCCUUACUCUUGCUGCCACUGUUCCUGCUCUUGCUGCAGCUGUUCCUGCUUCUGUUGAUACUGCUGAAGUCAAGCGCGCCAAUUGCAAGUUGACCCUCCAAUGGAUAUCCAACUGGAGUGAAGCUGCCUUGAGAAGAUAUCGAGUGCAGCUUAUUACGAGCCCCCGAAAUGAUGCGCAUCUUGAUCAAUAUUGCAACCUCUUUAAACAGAGUGCAUCUGGGGUUCAGAAUGUGCAAUGCUUCUGGACAGACGGAAUGUUUGUAAUUGACGAUAGUCAAGGUGAAGGCUCUCCGGGUCAUACUUUAUAUUUAAAGGAUUUCAAUAACGCAGCGCACUAUUUUGAACUUAUCACUGGCUGCGAUACUGUUCGAAACCUCUAG